GCACCUGAAGUCACGUGAUUUCAUUCAUUACGGCGCAUGCGUUUUCAUCCUGUGUUUCGGCCAUAUUGGUGUGUGUUUCUUGUUCUCUUGUGUUUGGAGAAAAAAAGGCGGUCUUCGACUACCCUUCCGUUGCGAUCCUUCCUUUUACGUGUUCGCUGUUGGCUCAGUUUCUUGUUUGGAGCUGUCAUAGCAUUGUGAAAAUGACUGAUUCCAUGAAGUUUGGGCCUGAAUGGCUACGCAACAUGGGGCAAGAUGGUUGUGCUGCACCAACUACUCCAUCGCCUCGGUAUCAGCUGGCAGAACAUCGCUAUGGCCGUGAAGAAAUGUUGGCCCUUUUUGACACUGUAGUCAAGGCUCCAGAUCCUUUGGCAUCCUUCCCCGGUCUACAUGUAGACAAAACUCAAGUUCCUUUGGCACUUGUUCAGAUGACGGAGGAAGAAACACGUCAUUGGAAUAGAGGCAUCAACAGUGAUGCAGUGCUGAGGGCAAUGGGCAAGACUCCACCCAUUACACUAGCCACCAGUAUAAGGGGAAGUAGGGGUGGGUCCAUUGGAGCAGUGGGGCUGUCUGAAAGGGGUCGUGGUAGAGGACGUGGUGGUUUUACUACUUACUCUCGUGGCCUGAGCUUUGAGGAAGGUGGUGAUGCCCCUGCUGGUCCACCCCAUCUGGGUGCAUCUCCAGUAGGGUAUAAUCGAGCCACACGUCCAUUUGACCGACCACAGGCUGAGAGGAGCUGGGGAGAAAGAAAUGGUUUGGACUCUAGUGAGUGGAGUUCAACGAGUCCCAGGAAGGACUUCAAUGAACGUGAUCGGGUGUUGGGAAGUGGGGGCAGUUCUGGGCCGAGAAGUUUCUCUAACACUGAUAAUAAUUGGCGGCGUCAGCGUACAUCUGAAGAAGAGGAUGGCUGGAGAGCCUCUACUACUCCAGUGAAAGAGAAAUGGGGUGGAGCAGGAGCUGGUGGGGCAGCCAGAACAACAAGUUGGCGCGACGGUGAUCGAGAAAGGGAUAGUGAAAGGGAGCCGGGAGAAGGAAGGGUUGUUUACAAUCGGACUCAUCGGCCCUGGGAACAAUCUAACAACUUACCAGAAUGGGCUGUUGAUGGAGCUGAUAAUAGCAGUGGCAGCUUUGAUGCCCAGGGUGCCUUCCAUGGGGGACAUAAUUACUCUGAUGAGGAAGAAAAUGGUGGCCCUGUCAAUAAUAGUGUGUUGAGGCGCACUCGAUUGCUGUCAGAAGGAAAUAGUGGUGGCAAGCGAAUUGGCGAUGGUAAUUCUAAUGCUAACCUCAGACGCGUUGUGGCCACUGACCGAGCAUCUGCUGAAAGAGUCAGCGAAAAGCUUACGCCGUAUUUGGACAAACAGAAUGAUGCCAGAGUGACUUCACCUUCUACUCCACCUCGAAAUGAUGACCCAAGAAGCCAAAACUCAACUCCUGUGAAACCUGUGCACAAUUCCAAGAGCGAUCCUGAUCUGAAGUUGAAGGUAGCCAGUCCUAAGCCAACCCCUCCAGUCAAGCAGGAACCUCAAGUCCCUCCUCACCCAUCUGAACUUCCCAACCCUCUGACUACAUCAGCCUCCAUGCCAGCCAUUAGUGUGCCAAACAAUAUUCCCCAUGAAAACCAUGUUGACAUGAGACGUCCUCCUCCUCAAGCACACAAGUCAGAGGAUGCCUUGGAUAGGAUGCGUGAAGUUGCUGAUGAUCUUGUGGCUAAAUUAAUGGAAGAGGAAGAAGGUCCCAUACGUGAUGAUUUGAACCAUCACCAUCUUCCUCACCUUGCGGCUCAUGUUCGGGAACCUGAAAAAUGGUUCUAUAGAGAUCCACAAGGCCAAGUGCAAGGACCAUUCUCAUCUGAAGAGAUGUCUGAAUGGUUUAGAUUGGGUUACUUCAACCUUAAUCUUCUUGUCAGGCGUGCUAAAGAUGAAAGGUUCUCACAGCUUCAAGAUCUUAUUAAAGUUUUUGGCGGCAUCCCCUUCUUGACAGAUGCAAACGUGCCACCUGUUAAGGGUGCUGAACCUAUUAUGAUGCCUACACCUGGUGUGGGUAUGCCUGUUGGGCCUGCCAUGCCAAAAUUACCUAUGUCAGGCCUUCCAGGCAUGCCUGGACUCCCUGGAGUUCCAGGGGUUUCUGGCAUGCCUGGAGUGCCUGGCGUACCUGGGGUGCCAGGUGUUGAACCUGACAUUCAAAUGAUGAUGCAGCAGCAUCAGUAUCAAGUCAUGCAACAGCAAAUGUUUCUUAGACAACAAUCGCAGGCUGCUGCAGCAGCUGCGGUGAGCAAACUCUCACAGACAGAAGAGUGGAAUACACUCUCUCCCUUACAACAGCAGCAGCUUGUGGCACAACACGUGCAGCACAUCCAAAUGGCGUCCAUGGAUGCUGGGCCACCACUCAUACCUGCUGCAUCUACUCCUAACUCUGUGAUGGCCUUGAUGACACAAUUUCAACAGAAACAGCAACAAGCCCCUCCGCAGAUCCCACCGCAACAGCAGCAACCACCUCAACGCAUGCCGUUGGGUAAGGAAGGUCCUGGACAACAGCCUGGCCAGCCCCUGGGCCCACUACAACAAUUCUUUCAACAAAUUGGCGGCUUAUCAUCAAGGUUGUCGCCCCCGCCAACUCCAGUUCCAGCACCUCAGCCUGCCAAUGAACCAUUGCCAUCAGAUCCUAUUCAAAGCCUUCUGAGGCAGUUGAAUCAACAGCAACAGCAGCACCACCAACAGGCAGCUCACCAUCAGGCUGCCCAUCACCAGGCAGUGGGAGAUUCUUUGUGGGGAAGCCCUCUACCUGUCUACAAUCAAGGGGGAUGGCUUGGUGGUGUACGCCCUCCUGUUGUGGGAGCUGGAGGUGGACCCAUGUUACCCCCAUCGACAGCCUCACUUUGGGGCGAUAUUAAUAAUAAGGAGAUGAAGACUGAAAAACAAAUAUUGGAAGAGCAAAUGUUAGUUGAAGAGGAAAGAAAGAAACACGAACUUCUCCGGAAGCAAGAACAUGAAGAACAUCAGCGACGCCUUGAAGAAGAUGUCCGCUUGAGAAGAGAGGCAGAAGAGGCAGCAGCUGCUGCUGAAGCUGAGAAGCAACUCAAAAAGGCCGAAGAAGCUAAGCGGAAAGAGGAAGAAGCCAGGCGAAAGGACGAACAACGGAAAGCUGAAGAAGAUCGUAAAAAAGUGGAAGAAGCCAAACGUCAAGAGGUUGCCAGAAAGAAAGAAGAAGACAAGAGAAAGAAAGAAGAAGAUAAGAGAAGAAAGGAAGAAGAGAAAGAGAGGAAGCGUAGAGAAGAGGAGGAGAAGAAGCGCCAGGAAGAAGAGAGGUUGCAAAGAGCUAGAGAAGCAGAGGAGCAAGCUAAGAAAGCUGAAAUUCAACGCCAACAAGCUGAAGCUCUGCGAAAAAUGCAAGAGCAACAACAGAAACAAGCACAGGUUGCAGCUGCUAUCAAGACAGCUAAAGUUGCUCCGUGGAGUCAGCCUCAGGCUUCUAAACAAACUGUCCAACAGACUAGCCUUAGUCUGGCUGAGAUCCAACGUAAUCAGAAACGAGAGAAGGAUGAGCAGCUACGUGAACAGCAGAUGAUUCUUCAGCAAAUACAGCAACAGAAUCAACAAAAUCAGCUUUCUGCUAUGCUUGCAUCUUCUUUAGCUGCUGCUGAAAAUCAAGCUAGUCCUGCACCGAUGCAGCUUAAGUGGGCUGAAAGGAAAAACCAACCUCCCCCAGAGGCAAAAACACUGGAACAGAUUCAAAGAGAAGAACAAGAACGAAUUGCCAAGCAACUGGAAAGGGACCGUGCAGAAAGGGCAGAAAGGGCUGCUUCUACUCGUGACGUCCCUGCGCCAUCAGUGGGCAUUUGGGGCUCUGCCCCUCAGAGUCUUACUUGGGGAAAUACCACUGGACCUGGGUUCUGGGAUGAAGUUCCAAGCCCUGCUGUAUCACCGGUGAAGCCGGUUGCUCCACCAGCCAAGAAGACUCCUGUUAAAAGUGCUAGCGCCUCUAAUGUGGCUUCUGCUGGUCAACAAGCUGCAAAGUCCUCCAACAGCGCUAACAAGAAAAAGAAAGAAGAAGCUAGUGUUCUGAAGUUGUUUGAGCAGUCUGUCCAGCGUUCAGAUGAAUUCAGUCAGUGGUGCCACAAAGCUCUUGCUUCCCUGCAGCCCUCUGUUGAUAUUCCAACAUUCGUGGGCUUCCUUCGAGAUAUUGAAUCGCCGUACGAAGUGAAGGACUAUGUACGUCAAUAUCUAGGGGAAGGGGAAGGUGUUGGCGACUUUGCCCGUCAAUUUUUGGAGCGUCGCAGCAAGUGGCGUAGUGAGCGGCGAAGCAAGCCGGCGGCUGAUGACAUGUGCGCGCCAGCACCCGCCGUAAACCCUGUUUCCCAGCAAGCAAGCCACGACUUCCAGGAAGUCAAGGGUAAAAGCAAGAAAGCAAAGAAAGGGAAAAUGUUCAAAGUUGACAAGAGCAUUCUUGGCUUUAGUGUCACAGCUGCCCCUGACCGCAUCAAUGUAGGGGAUAGAGACUAUGGAGAAGGCAUGUAAAGCAACCACUCUUUUUGUGAUAUCUCACACCUUUUGACUUCUUUAUUGUUUUUUUCUUCUUUUUCAUUUUGAUAGUUUGUCCCCUGUCAUGUGGGAGGUACUUUACUACCAAUCUCUUUAAACUAUAGAGCUGUUGACAAUUUUAUUGUGUAGAUAUUGGACCUUUUUCCUAUUGUUGUUUGAAGUUGUUACAAUAAUCUGUAUUGCCAUUGGGACUUUCUUUGACCAAAUAUAUAUACUGCUUAAGAAUGCAGGGAAUAGGUGAACCUUAGAUGGUGCAAUGGAAAUGUUAAAGAUGUGUGGUGACCAUAGUCCUGGAAGCUACUAAGUUUGUGGGGCUUCUUCCUGCCUGAAGUAUUGUGUAAUGGUAAAUUAUGUAGAUUUCCCUGUUGACUAUGACUAAGGCAGAUUUGGAUAUCUUACCAAACAGUAUUCAACCGGGCUGUCUAAUGUGUGUGCAGGGUAAAAUGAAAAUAAUAAACCCAUUGUUUCAUAUCAUGUUGAGUAUGGAAAUAUUAUAACUGUGUGUUAAUUAAUCCAUACAAAUUUGACAAUUUCCACUAAGGGGGCUCAAAUUUUCUGUACUGAUCUGAUCUUCUGCAACCUGUCUUCAAAAUUUGAGUAUGUUACUAAGUGUGUUAAUGUUAUUGCAUCUACAUAUUUGGAGAUGUACCUCUGUUAAUUUAUUGCAUAUUUAUGAUCUAAACAUAGAUUUCAAUCAGUCAAAGCAUGUUUCAUUCUUGAGGUUUUUAAAAUUAUUUAUUUUCAAUGUAGUUUAAUGAGAUGUGAUCCUUUCCUUAAGCAUUAAAUUUAUGAACAAAGAUUUUUUUUUUAAUGAGAAUAUUCUUGUUUAGAGUCCUUUUUGUGCAAUGUGAUUUCAUCACAUACUUUUUAGUGUAUGUGACAGAGGUCUUUAGAAAUUGUUUACGCAUGUCAUUUAUGAAGGUGAUCAUAUUUGAGGAAGCCGAACUUCAGGAAUACAGGGUGUUAAAUGGAACAGUUAAAGUAAAGAGAAGAAUCUUGAGUUGCAUGUACCGUCAAAGCUUUUAACAAAUUUUUUAACUGCUUUUAAUGAUCAUCAGUCAAAUAACUUGCAUCUCUUAUAAUUUGUAUUGCAAUACGUUCCUAUGUUCUGAAAGAUCUUUGUGCUUUGUAACAGAAAUUCUAAAUACUUUCUAUCAUUUCUCUGCAUUUGUCGGUUUUAAUGUAACUUCAGUGCUAUUGGAGAUUCACUUUCCUAUUCCUUUAACAUUCUUAUCUUAUCUUAAUUCUACUGGUACAUUAGGAGAAACAGUUUGACCUGAUCAAAAAAAUUUGUACUUAACAAUUCUUUUUCUAGGAAGUAAAGCUUUUUUGAUCAGGCCAGAUUGUUUUUUUUCUUGUUUUUCUUUUCAGUGUACAGCAGUGUGUGAUGAGGAUUGAUGUAGAUUGCUUUCUCUUUUCUUUCUCCUUUUUUUUGUUUAGUGUGAAUGUCAAUUCAGAUGCCUUUCUGCUGUGCCAGCUUGAUAUGUUCUAACCUGGUAUCAUCUGCAAUUCAUUGUUUUGCCUAUUUUUGUGACUUAUUUAUUUUCCUGUCUAGAAGAGAAAGUUUAGCAAUGUUCAAACAAUAAUGAAGAUCCUUCCUUGGUGCUCUGAAUGUUCUAACAAUUUUGAAACUCAACAUGUUCCAAGCCCAUUGUGUGUGUUCUUCCAUUUGAUAAUCAUCAUGACAAAGAUAAGUGAAUAUGAUUUGAAGAGCAUCAAAUUUGAAUUCUUCAUUAGUGGUUAGGACAUUGGAUGGUUUCACUCAUGUGAAUUAUAACUUGCCUGAAGAUAAUUAUUGUUCCUACGGAACAGCCUAAUGUUAAGAAAAGGCGAUAGAUUUAGAAGUCGGAAUUGAAUGCAGCAUGAUGCAUUGUUAAAAGCUUUACUGUGAUUCUGUUCAGACUUAGAGCUAGUGCUGUCUGGUGGCAAUAUUUACCUUUCAUAUUCUCCUCUUACUUUAAAAAAUGCACUGAGCUUUCAAAGUAUGAAAACAAGCAGAAAACAGAAUUGCAGUUAAAAAUAGAAUCAAAAUUAAAUGAUGCAUUGUCUUGCAUUUCUUAAAUCUUCGGAGCCUUUGCACUUCAUUAGAGCAGGAGUUUUUCGUAACUAAUUUCCUCAUGAUUGAGGACGGAACUGCCUACCAUGUAGAUAUGUAUGUCUUUUGUGGGAUGUUAUGUUGAAGCUGAAAGAAUGUAUUUUUUAUUUGUAAAUACAAUAGUACUAUACUGUGUGAUAGAGGAGGAAUGAGAAAGUGUGAACAUGUCUUGUUGAUAAUAAUAAUAAAAAAAAUUGUUAUUUUUGACCCUAUACAAGAGUUUUAAUGUAAGCUUGAGGAACGCAUCGAUUGUGCCUGUACCUGAUGGUAUCAAUGGCCAUUUUGGUCAUGUGCCUAACAGUCCUUGUUCUCAUGACAAAGACGACUACAGUUGAAGCAAUCCAACCUCAUCUUUACAGUAUUUCCCCAAACUAGUGACUGUAAGGCAUGUUCUUGGGUGCAAUAAACGUAGUGUCUUGUGGA